AUGGUCGAAGAAUUCAAGAAGGCCAUGAUGUCGGAAUAUGAAAUGACUGACCUUGGAGAGAUGAAAUACUUCCUUGGGAUGCAAGUCAGGCAAAGACCAGGAAGGAUCUUCUUAUCACAAGAAAAGUACGCAGACGAUCUACUCAAGAAGUUUCACAUGGAAGAUUGCAAGCCAUUUGUCACACCAAUUGCACCCAAUGAGAAGCUCUCCAAAUAUGAUGGCAUGGAGAAAGUAGAUGCCUCAAUAUAUCGAAGCUUGGUCGGAUCUCUCAUAUAUCUUACACACACAAGACCCGACAUCGUACAUGCUGUUAGCAUCGUGUCAAGGUUUAUGAGCGAACCUAGUAAAGCUCAUCCCACAGCGGCAAAAAGAAUCCUCCGGUAUCUCAAAGGCACAAAAAGCUAUGGAAUAUUAUACAAGACUGAAGAUGACUACAAGCUCACGGGAUACACCGACAGUGAUUGGGCUGGUAGUAUCGAUGACAGGAAGAGUACAAGUGGCUAUGUAUUCCAGUUGGGAACUAAAGCCAUUUCAUGGUCAUCAAAGAAACAAGCGACUAUGGCUCUAUCAUCAUCAGAAGCAGAAUAUAUUGCAGCAACAAGUGCAUCAUGUGAAGCAGUCUUGGCUCAAGAGAAUUCUUGGUGA